AUGGAUACCAACGAAGAGGCUAGGGAACAGAGCUUCCCUGCGAAGACGAGAAAGGCUCUAGGCACCAUCAAUGGCGUCGCAACAGAGGCCAACUCGGUCUGGUUCUCCGACCGCAUCAUGAUCACCAUGUCUCAAGAGGGAAGGCUGUCCCAGUGGGUCCACGUCCCCAUCCUGCCCUCGCCAGCAGACAUGGUCGACAUGAACCUGUCAUCGAGCAGCAGGGGGAUGCUGCCCUCCACACACCUCACGGCCACGACGCUCCUCGGCGGCGGCGGCGACGAGAGGGAGACGCUGGGCCAGUUCUACGCCGCCCAGAUUGCGCGACUCAUCAGUCUGCGCGACCCCGAGGACCGUCGCACCUUGGUGCUGGGCCUCGGCCUGUUGAAGGUCGACACGGCGCAGGAGGCCUUCUUCGACACGAUGGACCUCAUCAAGGAGGUGCUGUGA